UGACCGCGGCGCAGGUCAGCUGAUGCGGGAGGGUUUGAAGCGGCGCCGGGAGGGAGCGAGGCCACGGUGACAGCGGCGGGCUGUCGACCCAGGCUGCCCGCCCGCAUCCCACGCUCGCUGUACGCCCAUGGCCUCCGCGGCGGGCCCGCGCGGCUCAGAGACGGAGCGACUGCUGACCCCCAACCCUGGGUAUGGGACCCAGGUGGGGGCUCUGCCAGCUCCGCCAACCCCCCCAGAAGAGGAAGACCUCCGUCGGCGUCUCAAGUACUUCUUCAUGAGCCCCUGUGACAAGUUCCGGGCCAAAGGCCGCAAGCCAUGCAAGUUGAUGCUGCAGGUUGUUAAGAUCCUGGUGGUCACUGUGCAGCUCAUCCUCUUUGGGCUCAGCAACCAGCUGGUGGUGACAUUCCGGGAAGAGAACACCGUUGCCUUCCGACACCUCUUCCUGCUGGGUUACUCUGAUGGGGCUGAUGAUACCUUUGCGGCCUACACUCGGGAGCAGCUCUACCAGGCCAUAUUCUAUGCUGUGGACCAGUACCUGAUACUGCCCGAGGUAUCCCUGGGCCGGUAUGCCUACGUCCAGGGUGGGGGCGGCCCUUGGGCCAAUGGCUCAGCACUGGCUCUGUGCCAGCAGUACUACCACCGUGGCCAUGUGGACCCAGCCAACGACACCUUUGAUAUUGACCCAAGGGUGGUCACUGACUGUAUCCAGGUGGAUCCCCCCGACAGACCCCCGGACUCCCCCAGUGAGGAUCUUGCCCUCUUGGACAGCAGCUCCAGUUACAGAAACCUCACACUGAAAUUCCACAAGCUGAUCAACGUCACCAUCCACUUCCAGUUGAAGACCAUCAACCUGCAGAGCCUCAUCAACAAUGAGAUCCCAGACUGUUACACUUUCAGUGUCCUGAUCACCUUUGACAAUAAGGCGCACAGUGGACGUAUCCCUAUCCGAUUGGAGACCCAAGCCCACAUCCAGGAGUGUAAACACCCCAGUGUCUCCAGACGUGGAGACAACAGCUUCCGGCUCCUGUUUGACGUGGUGGUCAUCCUCACGUGCUCCCUGUCCUUCCUAUUGUGUGCCCGCUCUCUGCUCCGUGGCUUCCUGCUACAGAAUGAGUUUGUCAUGUUCAUGUGGCGGCGACGCGGUCGGGAGAUCAGCCUUUGGGAACGGCUGGAGUUUGUCAAUGGCUGGUACAUCCUGCUAGUCACCAGUGACAUACUUACUGUCUCGGGCACUGUCAUGAAGAUUGGUAUCGAAGCCAAGAAUCUGGCCAGCUACGACGUCUGCAGUAUCCUCCUGGGCACCUCAACAUUGCUUGUCUGGGUUGGUGUCAUCCGCUACCUGACUUUCUUCCACAAGUACAAUACACACGUGCCUUUGUACCAGGGCAGGACCCCGGAAACCUGUCCCUUCCUGCCUGUCCAGCUGAAUCCAGCUGUGAUUCUCAUCGCAACGUUGCGGGUUGCACUGCCCAGUGUCAUGCGUUUCUGCUGCUGUGUGGCUGUCAUCUACUUGGGUUACUGUUUCUGUGGCUGGAUUGUACUGGGGCCCUACCAUGUGAAGUUCCGCUCACUGUCCAUGGUUUCUGAGUGCCUGUUCUCACUCAUCAAUGGGGACGACAUGUUCGUGACGUUCGCAGCCAUGCAGGCUCAACAGGGCCGAAGCAGCUUGGUGUGGCUCUUCUCCCAGCUCUACCUCUACUCCUUCAUCAGCCUCUUCAUCUAUAUGGUGCUGAGUCUCUUCAUUGCGCUCAUCACGGGCGCCUACGACACGAUCAAGCACCCAGGAGGUGCCGGUGCAGAGAAGAGCGAGCUUCAGGCCUACAUUGAUCAGUGCCAGGACAGCCCCACAUCUGGCAAGUUCCGACGUGGAAGUGGCUCCGCUUGCAGCCUGCUCUGUUGCUGUGGAAGGGACUCCCCAGAGGAUCAUUCACUGCUGGUGAACUGACUCCAGGAUGACCACCACUGGACUUUAAUCCCCCUGGACUGCAGGGGCCCCAGCUUAUUUAUUUUUUAGAGUUCACUUUUUAAAGAUCUGCACCCAGUUGGGUGUGGUGGCACAAGCCUUUAAUCCUAGCACUUGGGAGGCAGAGGCAGGUGGAUCUCUUGAGUUCCAGGCCAGCGGGGGCUCCUGAGAGACCCUGUCUC